AUGGAGUCAGGCAUCUCACAGGCUUUCCAGGAAGAGCUCACUUGCUCCAUCUGCUUGGGCUGCCUUUCAGACCCAAUCACCAUAAGCUGUGGACACAGCUUCUGUCGGGCCUGCCUCUGCCUUUCCUGGGAAGACCUGCAAGUUCCUGUCCACUGUCCCACAUGUAGGCAUCCAUCCCAACAGAAGGACUUCAGAACCAACGUUGUUCUGAAGAAGCUGGUGCACAUUGCCAGACAAAACAUUCUCAUGAAGUACCUGAACUCUGAGGAGAACAAGUGUGUGACCCACAAGGAGAUAAAGAGGAUCUUCUGUGAGGAGAACAGGGUCCUUCUCUGUCAACUGUGCUCUGACUCUCAGGAGCACAAGGGUCACAGACACUGUCCCAUUGAAGCAGCUGCUGAGGGGCAAAUGGACUAUGUGACUCUUCGGAAAGAAAUGAUCAGGAAAGAAUAUAGGAAACUACAUCCAAUCCAUUAUGAAGAAGAAAAGCAGCAUAUAGAGUAUAUGGAAAAUGAAGGCCAGACUAUGUUAGAGAAACUGAGGAAAAGUGAAGCCUUGAUGGUCCAAAAGAGGAGUCAACUAAUAGAAAUGUAUCGGGAGCUGAUGACAAUGUCCCAGCAGCCAUAUGUGGUGCUGCUCCAGGAUUUGGAAGACAUGUUCAGAAGGAGUGAGUCAGUGCAGCUCUGCAUGCCCCAGCCUAUGAAACCAGAGCUCAGUGCCCUGCCCAUCACUGGACUGAUUGAGAGGUCCAAGUACUUCCAAGUGUACAUUUCAUUUGGAAAAGCAAUCUUACCCCCUGACAGGAUGACCCUAUUUGAUGCUGUGAGAAGAUUCAACUGUAGGCCUCACCAAGAGGAGACAUCUGUGAAAUCAUCUCAACACUAUUUUGCUGCCAGGGGAUCACAAAGCUUCACCACUGGGAAAUAUUACUGGGAGCUGAAUUUAACAAAGUCUUUUGAAUGGGCCCUAGGAGUCUUUCAGGAUGACCUUCAACAGAAUGAACUUGAGGGUGUAUUUCUCCUUUUGUGUGCAAAGCAGGGUAACCAGUACAGUCUCCUUACCACCUGCCCAGAAUCUCAACACUUUAUAGAGAAGCCAGUGGGCCGGGUUGGUGUGCUCCUUGAUUGUGACGGUGGAUAUGUCAAUUUCCUGGAUGUUGCCAAGAGUUCUCUCAUAUACAGUUACCCUCCUGGCACCUUCAAUUACCCUGUCAGGACUUUCUUCACCUUUGGCUGCACAUGUUCAUAG